GACGCGAAAUUUUAUUUUUGUUUUAUAAAUUGUUAAUAUUGAUGAUCGCGAUAAUUUCUCUUUAUCUUUUAAUGUACUAAGCGAACAUCAAUAUAAUAAAGGCUAACAUAAGAUGAAUUCAUCAAUAUCUACCGAUUUACCACGGCAGCACUUGGCAUUGUUAGCUGCGAAUUGUUUGAAAGACAUUGCGGAAAAUACUAAAAACAUUAGUGCACAGCAAAGAGAGCUUUUGGAACUUAAUCUAUCAAUAACAACGUAUAUUGAAGAAAGUAAAAUUCGUCUAAAAGCUCUUCGUUUAGAAUUGGCCAACCGAGCUAAUAGUUCCAUCAAAGUUGCUGAGAUACUGUCGGAGAGAGACUAAAUAUGUCACAAUCACCUACAACUCCGCGCAAGCAAAGUAAAACAAGACGAUUAUCAACAAAACUAAUUAAAGAAGACAAUAAUAACACAAACUCCAAACAUUCUAAAAGACAAAAUGCCAGAACAUUUGUAGCGUGGUACAAACGCAUGAUAGAUGAUGAUAGACAGAACUUAGCAUUGUAUUUAUCUGAUGAUGCAACACUGGAAUGGUUUGGAAGGACAAUAAAGAGCAGGAAAAAGGUUACUGCAUUCCUACGGUAUGACAUGCAAUGUUCGAGACAUGAUUUCAGAAGUGUUGAUUGUAUAGACCACAUACCACAGAGAUAUGAACCAAUAUUAAGAAGAAAUGAAACAGCUCUAGCAAGUCCAUUUGAAAACUCACCGGAAAUUUGUAAAUCGGGACCAGAGAGAGGUACGAAACGUUUAUUACGAUCCAAUUCUAACAGUCCGGAGUGGGCCGAAAACUGCGGGCCAGAUAGUGAUGUAAAACCUACUGAAGGAAAGCGAUUAAAGAAUAAUCACGUACAAUUAAGUAAUGAAAGUGAAAUAGAUGUUAAAUUAAGUACUGAAAAAGAUUUGCUUAAGGAUGAAUGUUUAGGUGUUAGUAAUAAGGGUGAUUUUGCAUUUAUUAAGCGAGCAGUGAAACGGAAGUGUUGUACUGUAACACCUCCAAAUUUAGAAGUAGGUCAAGGUGAUUGCCUUCCUUCCACUAGUGGUACGGACUCCGAUAGGUCACAUGAUACUUUGAAUGCCCAAUUGCCAAGGUUAGCGGUAGAAUGCGAUGGCUUUAUAGAGUUUAAUAGAACAAGAAAUCAUAGCAUAGAUUCUGUAAAAUGGGAACGGAAAUGUAAAGUUCAAAUAUCAUAUUCCGAAGAUCCAUUAAAUGUUGGAGAAUACAUAAUUUGGAAUAUUCGGUAUAAUGAUGAAACUAAAUGUAGGCGAAAUCUUUUGGCUGCAUUUGAAGAAAUUGCUAAAGAAGAAGAGUUGAAAAAGAUUGAUGUAUGAAUUAUGGUUAAAUAUUUUAUAUACAAAUUGCCUCAUGUCUAGCAACUAGCUAAUUAUACAACUGUUGAAGAAAUAUUUAUUACAGUAAUAUGAAAUAGAUAUAAUUCAAAUAUCUUCAUAGGAGAACUUAAAAUAUGUAAGU